AUGGAAAGCCCAAACGGGAGUCAAGGAGGAGGUGGCGAUACUGGAAAUGAAGUCUUUGAUCCGAUUCUCGAGACAUCAAGGGCACCUGUGCUUCACGUUGCACGUCCCGGGGCACAGGAGGUGCGAACUAAGACAUUACAACUCGCUCGAGCAACUGAAGAAUGUCAAAUCAUUGAAAAGGAACUCCAUCGGCUUCAAAAUCACGUCGCUCAUAUCCAGCGUCUGUUUGAUGCUAAGAAGCGAGAAAUUUUCGAACUCAGUUCGUGCAUUGCGCCAAUUCGACGAAUCCCCCUUGAAAUUCUCUCGAUGAUAGUAUGUCUACACGUGCACGCAAACCGACAGUCGGUUUGGGUGCUGAUGCAGACAAGUCGCGCAUGGCGUGCAGCUAGUUUACUAGCAGGAGAUGCAUGGAACUCCAUCGUCAUCUGUCCCCCUCAUUUCACCUGGGAUGAUACACGACCGGAUGGUGGGGAAGAGCCUGGGAUCAUAUGCAGUUCAAAGGAACGACUCCUAUAUACACUCAACCGUAUAGGCUCGAAAGCCCUGGACAUAGAGAUAUCCUUCCAGUCUAAAGGCAAGAGUCCGAAGUGCGGAUAUGUCUACGGCCUCACUGGAAACGAGCAGCAUGUCCUGAACCUCGUCAGAUUAGUCCCAUCAUCUGUUCGCAUUCGCCGAUUGAGACUCAAGGACCGCCUCCGCAAGUGGUUUUCGGACAGUAAUAUUCCAGAAUCCUUCUCGCAGAGCUUUCAGUCAUGGGAUCUCAGCAACCUAGAGCGGCUCGACACAUGGAACCACACCCUGAUCGAAAGGGCAAUUAGGGAAAAGGCGCGGAUUCAUGACCUUGGUAUUCCUUAUCAAAUGCUUACGAAAGUCGAUGCCCCUCGGCUCGUCCGUCACCUCAACCUUUGGGAUCAUUCAGGGUCUCAAGAGCUAAGCCGUCUCGAUAAAUUUACGAACUUGGUCUCGCUUCGCCUCAACUCCAGUUUUCCAUACAACGAUCCACCCUCACCUACGAUCAGCGUACCACAUCUACAGGAUCUGACCUUGGAAGGGACUCGUCGGCUACUGUGGCCUAUUAUGUGCUUCAACCUCCGACGCCUGGAUCUGAAACAAAGGGUGAUUGGGUACAGUCACACCGGUGAUAUUAUCCAUCUUCCCCAGCUCAAGGAGUUCUUUUACCGACGAGACGCAUUUUCGGAAGCGCCUUUUCUACAGUAUUUCAAGGCACCGGCCUUGGAGGUCUUGGACACUACAGAUGAGGGCAGGUCACCACAAACAACUAUGCGUGCGAUGGAGUUGAUUUGGCCUCCAUCACUCCAACCGGCCACUUAUCUCGAUCCUACGAUAUUGAAGCUACGCCACGUUUCGAUCAACUUCAAGCUACUUCACUAUGUGCUACACUCCUUUACGCGCUGUAUCGAGCUGCAUCUGCUCCGGAUGCGUGUCCCAGUUGAAUUCUUCGAGGUGCUUUGUCCUAGCAGGCCGAAUGCUAAGAAGAGAGAUGUUUAUAUUCCAUCCCUGAAGGUGCUAGUGAUUGACCUAUAUCAAAAGAAACAGCGCAAAUCGACGGGAGGGGAAGUCGGGCGGAUCGACGAGACGUAUCUGGAUGCCGCACGGAGAUUUUUGCAGCGAAGAAAGGAUAUGUCACUCCCGUUGCACAUACUUUCAAUUAGUCACUGCGAUGUCAAGAAGCAGCUCGUGGGCUCCUAA